AUGGCCCGCAUUGCGGCGUUCUUGCUGGUGGCGCUGCUCUCCUUAGACGUGCAUCUCGCGCAGUCCGCGUCGUGCCGAUCAUGCCCGCCGACAAAGCCUUCCCAGCCUCCACCGUGUAAGCACAAGUCUUCACCAUCGUCCAUACCCUGCCCUCCACCUUCACAUACUCCCAUGCCCUCACCAACACCCACACUCACCCCGGUGACUCCGACGCCGGCACCGACCCCGACUGUCUUCAUCCCUCCACCUACAAACACUCCGGCACCCACGCCCAUACCGACCUCUGUAACUCCAACAUUGGCACCGACCCCUAUGAUGCCUCCAAUACCAACCCCUAUAACUCCGAAGCCGGUACCAGCUCCUCUCUCUCCAACACCAACACCGGUGGCCCCAACACCUACACCCGUGAUGCCGCCAAUACAGACGCCUGUGACACCAACGCCGGCACCGACCCCUGUUUCUCCAACGCCAAACCCGGUGGCCCCAACACCUACCCCUGUGAUGCCACCAACACCGACGCCGGCAUCGACCCCUUUCUCUCCAACGCCAAGUCCGGUGGCCCCAACACCGACCCAUGUGGUUCCGAUGCCAGCACCAACCCCUGUCUCUCCAACGCCAACCCCGGUGGCCCCAACACCGGCCCCUGUGAUGCCGCCAACACCAACAUCGGCGACUCCGAUGCCAGCACCGACCCCCGUUUCUCCAACGCCAACCCCGGUGGCCCCAACACCGACUCCUAUGAUGCCGCCACCACCGACCCCUGUGACUCCGAUGCCAGCACCAACCCCUGUCUCUCCAACGCCAAUCCCGGUGGCCCCAAUACCGACCCCCGUCAUGCCGCCAGCACCCACCCCUGUGACUCCGACGCCACCCCCAGCCCCGGCCGCAGCGCCGGCUACAUCGACCGGCAAGUGCCCCGUGGACACACUAAAGCUGCGUGCGUGCGUGGACGUGCUCAAUGGGCUGUUGCACAUGGUGAUCGGCAGUAGCGCCAGCAAUACAUGCUGCCCGCUGCUGUCCGGCGUUGCCGAUCUCGACGCUGCUCUCUGCCUUUGCACCACCAUCAAGGUCAAGGCCCUCAACAUCAACCUCAUGCUGCCCAUCGCCAUCGAGGUGCUCGUCAACCAGUGCGGCAAGAGAGUGCCGAAAGACUUCCGCUGCCCUAAUUAAGCUCCAUCGAUUACUAUAUGUACUAUCAGUAUCACCUGCAUAUGAAUGCGAUACAUGCAUUAAAUUCUCUUGUGUGGUCACACAGGUGACAUAUCGAAGUGUAAUAAUCUAUAUGUACAUGGAUUUGCAGCUCUGACUCGCUACUUGUGACGGGGAGCUGUGGAGCAUGCAUACAUUGUCUUUGUGUAACAGCGUAUCAUAUAGUAACCGUAUAACAUGUUACCAAUUGUGGUCUUCCAUCGGUUUUGUAGUGUGUGUUUUCUUUUUGAAGAACUAUGAAUAAAAUGUCCGUACUGUGUAAAAGAAGUUUUCA